AUGUCUAGCGAAGCUACAGAAUCACAACUUCAACUAGUUCCUGCUUAUGGCUCUUCUUCAGACAACAAGAGCACUGCUGAUUCCUUUCGUAUGCCUACGUACGAGGAUCUUGUCCGGAACUCUGAUCUUUUUUGGGAUAAUCUGCGGGAUCUUCUCGGACACCUUGACAAAACUUUGAAGUAA